UGUCAAGUGAUUAUCAAAUGUCAAUGGAAGUUAAAGCGUGUGGAUUUUUCCUAAAUAUUUAAUUAUAGUUACCAGCAUGUUAUUAUAUUCUAUUUGAAUUAAUUCGAUUUAGGGAUCACAAAAAUGGCCAGGCACCGUAACAUAAGAAAUAGGAGGGACUCUGACGAUUAUGAUUACGACGACGUUUAUGGACAUUCCGUUGAAGAAGACAGCUGUUUGUCACCAAGUGAUGCAUCGCAGUGGAUAUAUGAUCGUUCACAGAACCAUCAUGCAAUUUCAAGUUUCUUAGACAGCCAUGGUGAUAUUCAGGAAGAGGCAGAGGAAGAUACGGCAGAACAAACACGUCCACAACUAGAGCGACGUGAGUCCGCAGAUAUACGAAGUUUAGCUCUUACGGACGCUGACGAGGCAAAGCUAUUAUCGUGUUUGGAUGAACUGAGGGAUAUAUUAGGUGAUACUGUAUCUGAAAAUGUGCUUAUUCAAACAGUGCUUAGUAAGAAAUUUGACUUGACAAAGGCUUUAGAUGAACUCUUAAACAGAAAUACAAACAAGGACAAAGAGACUGAAAAAGCAUUAUCAAAGCCACCGCCUGUCGUACUAAUCGAGUCAGCUAAACCAGUUGUUGCAAAUGUUGAUAAAACACCAAAAGUAAUUGCAAUAAAUGUAGAGCCAAAAGUUGGAGUUAUAAAAGGUUUUAAAGUAGAAAAAGAUGGGGGUUCUGGGAGCCGACCCCAAACUCCUAGAGAUCAGUCACCGGCCAUGGAUAGGUCAAAUCAAAUACCUAUCAAAGUAAAAGAAAAAAUAGAUCCUAAUAAACAAUAUUCUACUGAGAGGGGCUCGGAGAAGGAUCAUUUGUACAUAGUUGUAAUUGGGCAUGUAGAUGCAGGGAAAUCAACACUUAUGGGACGCUUGCUGUGUGAACUAGGUGAAGUAAGUCAGAGAACUUUACAUAAAUAUGAACAGGAAAGUAAAAAGAUUGGGAAGCAAAGUUUCAUGUAUGCUUGGGUGUUGGAUGAGACUGGGGAAGAAAGAGUACGAGGCAUCACUAUGGAUGUGGGAAGAGCACAGUUUGAAACAAAGUCAAAAAAGGUCAUUAUCCUAGAUGCCCCUGGCCAUGCUGACUUCAUACCUAAUAUGAUAACUGGUGCAGGACAAGCCGAUGUAGCUCUCUUGGUAGUUGAUGCAACAAGAGGAGAGUUUGAAUCUGGAUUUGAACUUGGAGGACAAACAAGAGAACAUGCUUUAUUAGUUAGAUCUUUAGGUAUAAGUCAGCUUACUGUAGCAGUCAACAAACUUGACACAACUAAUUGGUCAGAGGAAAGAUUUAAUGAAAUACUCAAGAAAUUAAAAACAUUCUUAAAACAAGCUGGAUUCAAGGAAUCUGAUGUCACAUUUGUACCUUGUUCGGGUUUAACGGGUGAAAACCUUGUAAAACCACCAACAGAGUUGGAGCUAUGCAAAUGGUACAAAGGGCCUUGUCUUUUAGAUGUGAUUGAUCAAUGCAACGUCCCAGACAGACCAGUUGCUAAACCAUUGCGAAUAACAAUUAAUGAUAUAUUUAAAGGCACAGGAACAGGAUUUUGUGUUGCUGGUCGAAUUGAAAAUGGACUUAUAAACAAAGGUGAUAAAGUUCUUGUUUGUCCUAUCAAAGAAAUUGCUGAAGUUAAAGGUAUAAGUAUUAAUGACUUGUCCAGUAAUGUUGCAUUUGCGGGGGAUCAAGUGAGUGUCACUUUAUCAGGGGUUGAUAUGCAGAAUGUUGCAGUUGGUUUUGUACUGAGUGAUCCUGUACAGCAGGUUCCAGUAAGCUCCCGUUUUGAAGCUAGACUGGUAGUAUUUAAUGUGAAGGUACCUAUAACAAAAGGUUACCCGGUUCUCAUACAUCACCAGUCUUUAGUUGAGUCUGCUAAUAUUGUAAAAUUAAAAGCAUUAUUGAAUAAGAGUACUGGAGAAGUAUUAAAAAAGAAGCCUCGUUGUUUAGGUAAUAAUUCAGUGGCUGUUGUUGAUAUUGAGGUAUGUCGACCUAUAUGUAUAGAAAGGUACAAAGAUGUAAAAGAACUGGGACGGGUCAUGCUGAGAGUUGCGGGUGUCACAAUUGCAGCUGGACUCAUCACAGAUAUUUACAACACUUGAUCUAACUUUAUUUCAGUCAUAGAUUGCCAUGAUAUCUCAUUAUUUAUAUUUUCAAUAUAUAGCAAAUGUUUAUAUAUAGGGACAUAAAAAUUAUCACAAUAAUAAUAUAUUAAUUGCCCAAAGCUGCUGAUUAUAUUGUACAAGAAGUAAUUGCUUUAUGCAACAACAAUGUGUAUAAUAAAAUAUUAUUUAUAUUGAAAUAAAUGUUGCUGUAGUUGUUA